AUGUCCUCCUACGCAUCGGAAUAUCCUGCCGGCGACAAGUUUGACCCAGAGUACAAAGCCUUCUUUGAGAAGUUCUACGAGACAUCUGAUACUCCUACUGCUCAUGAAGAAUACUCCAAGCAGUUUACGCAAGAUGCAACGUUGAUCAUGGCUUCAAAACAAGUACGAGGCCGAGAAGAAAUCCUGUCUCUGCGUAAAGGAAUGUGGGAAAAGGUAAAUCGAAGAAAGCAUGCAGCACUAAAGGUAUUCCCGUUCGGACCCAACUCAAAUGAGGUUAUGCUCUUUGGUACUGUCGAGUACGGUCUGAAAGAUGGUCGAGAAGCCACAGUCGAUUGGGCUGCUAGAGCCCACUUAGUGAAACAAGACGGUGCAGUCAUGAUGGAUUUCUACCAAGUAUANCUUGGCAAGAUACUGCUGCACAAAACCCGAGCAAGUAGUCUAUGCUGA